GACUGAUAGUUUGCUCCAUUUCACUAGAAGACAGGAAGGGAGCCAUGUCUUCACCAUGGUGUUUUUCUCUGCUCACAUGCUUUAUGCUUUUAGCACCUCUGUCUAUGGAAUUCAGCAUAGAUGACAAAAAUCCGAAAAUCUUUUCAACGGAUGAACCAGACUUCGGAUAUAAAGUCCUGCAAUACAGAUCUGAGCAGGAGAAAUGGAUUGUGGCCAGUGCACCUCUGGGAAACAAUGGUACUGGAAAAGUCUACAAAUGUGCUAAAGAUGCCUGUGAACCACUUCAUCUGGAAGCAUCUUCUUCCAUCAAAUCCAUUGGAAUGUCCAUGGCUGCCAAGUCCAGUUCCCCAGCACAAUUUACAGCUUGCAGUCCGGGAAUGAUUCAUGAGUGUGACAAAAACGCAUAUAUGAAUGGCAUUUGCUACAAUUUCAACGAACGCCUGAACUUAAUUUCUAACAUUACACCUUCCUUUCAAGAAUGCACUAAGAGAAAAGUGGAUUUGGUCUUCUUGUUUGAUGGGUCAGAGAGUGUGACAGAAAAGGAUUUUGAACAGAGCAAACGUUUCAUCUUAAAUAUCAUGAAUUUCUUGAAAAACACAUCAGUUCAGUUUGCAGCAGUGCAGUUCUCUAUAACAGCAAAAACAGUUUUCAGCUUUACACAGUUCAAAGAAGGACAAGCAAAGAAAUUGCUCAAGGAAGAAAAACAAACCAAAAGUCUUGCCAAUACUUAUAGUGCAAUGAAUUAUGUUCUGGGUAAUGUAUUGACACCAAAAGCUGGUGCUAGUCCGGAUGCCACUCAGGUAUUUGUCAUCAUUGCAGCUCAAAUACCUACUGAUGUGGACAGUUACAGGAUUGCUGAAACCAUUAAGUCGAAAAAUAUCAUACAAUACGUCAUCACGGUGGGACGAUCUAUUCCAAACAUUGAAUCACUGGCAUCGGAUAAGAACAACGUUUUUUCUAUUAAUGACUACAGCGGACUGGAAGGGAUUCUAAAAAAGUUACAAAUAAAGAUCUACAACAUUGAAGGCACUAAAAAUGUGCUUGGCAGGAAAUUUACAAAAGAAAUGUCUCAGAGUGGGUUCAGUGCUGCUUAUCUGGAGAGAACACUAGUUUUGGGGUCAGUGGGUUCCAAUGAUUGGCGGGGGUCCCUUUUAGAAUUUGUGAACUCAUCUGAAAAAGAAGAAAUUCGGGACAGUAUCAUGGAAGAGGAUUCCUACAUGGGGUACUCGGUGACGGUGGGAAGGAAAAAUGGAAGAGAAGUAUAUUUUUCUGGAGCUCCCAGAUUUAAUCAUAUAGGACAAGUUGUGGUUUUCUACAAGACUAAGAAAGAAUGGCAAAUAGAAGAUAGACUACAUGGACAACAGAUUGGAUCAUAUUUUGGAGGAGAAUUAUGUGCUCUAGACCUGGACUCAAAUGGUGAAACAGACUUUCUACUUGUGGGAGCACCACUAUAUCACGAACCACAGAAAGAAGGCAAAAUGUUUGUUUACUCGUUAAGUACACAGGUGAAAUUGGAGAGUAAAUCAAAUGUUUCAGGGUUAUCUCAGGGUAGAUUUGCCGCCACCAUUUCCUCCAUACAAGAUUUGAACGGAGAUGGACUGAAGGAUGUGGUUGUGGGGGCACCACUGGAGAAUGACUAUAAGGGGACAAUAUAUAUUUUUCUUGGAGAAAGACUGGAAGGAAUUAGACCUAAAUUCAGCCAGCGUAUUAUGGGACAAACCAUUUCACCUGCACUGCGAUUCUUUGGCCUGUCAGUUAGUGGAGAUACGAACCAGGAAAUGGAGGGAUUGGUAGACCUUGCGGUUGGAGCUAAAGGCAAUGUUGUUUUGCUGAAGUCUAGACCAGUUGUCACUGUAACAUCCCAGUGUGACUUCAGUCCUUCAGAGAUAAGCACCGACAAAUUUGACUGUGUGACUGAGACGAAGAAUGUCUUUCCUGCUGUCUCACUAAGAAUAUGCUUUAAUUUGACAAUGACUUCAAAAGGUGUAACAGACGUAGGACUGUCCAAGAUGAACGUCUCCUAUCAAGUGGACUUGGACAUUCGAAGGCAAAGGAGUCGCGUCCAGCUGAGUGACAACGGCAGUGGACCCAGGAAAUUGCAGUCUUUCUUGGAGCUGAACCAGGAGACAACUUGCGUCAACCACACCGUCUAUAUGCCAGGAUGUAUUGAAGAUACUCGCUCAGCAGUGGUCAUUACAUUUAACUAUUCACAGUCUGAAACACAACAGCACACUUCCUCCGCCAUUCUCAACAUUGACAGCAAAAGAAUGGAUCUGAUAGAGGUUCCAUUUCAAAGAAACUGUAGAAAUGACACCUGUGUCUCUGAUUUGGAGCUGGAUUUUGCCUUUGGAACAUCUCCUUUAGUAGUAAUUGAUCAAGAGUACUUCAAUGUGACGCUGAACUUGAGCAAUAAUGGAGAUGACUCGUAUAACACCAGCCUGUCCUUCCAUUACCCCCCUGGCCUGUCCUUUUCCAAGUUGCAAGUGCAGAAGGCUUCAAGGAGAACGUUGACCUCCUGUACUGGCCUAGAAGAUAUAAAGAACAGAACAGUCUGCAGUGUGAGCCAUCCUGUCUAUCCCAGCCAAACCACGGCAAAUAUACUCAGUACCUUUCGGAUUUCCAGUGAGUACCAUUGGGGUGAAACCAUGCAGAUGACCAUCAAAGCUCACAGUGACAAUGGAAAACCUUCCAACACCACCAUAAUGACAAAAAGUCUUCCUGUUCAAUUUGCUGUCGAUCUGGUUGUAAAAGCCCUUCAUGAAGACUCUGACACAUAUCUUAAUUUCAUUCUGAAUGAAAGACAGCCAAAACAGAUGAAACAUGUUUUUGAGGUCAAGAAUUUGGGUUCUGCAUCUUUACCUGUUAACAUAACCUUCACUUUCCAAACUCUACUGAAAAAUAAUUUUCAGCUGAGUGCCUAUCAAGUAACCCCUUCAGAGAAUUCAUCCAAGUGUAUUGGCACUGCUGAUGCACAAGCACAGGCCUCCAAAGACCAGUACAAGAUUAUAAUAUGUGAAAUCAACAGUUCAAAGGGUCAAACAGUUCAGUUUAUACUUUCUGGGCAAGUCACUAUUCUCCGACAUGAGGAAUUCAAACAGAGCCUGUCUUUUCAAGGAAGGAAUCUGGAAGUGAAUUUUUUCAGCAAAGUAAAACUCUCCUAUGAUACAAAGCGAUAUGUUCAGAUCACCAGCAGUUCAGUGGCCAACAGUGAUCCCAAAAGCUUCCAUGAAACAGAGGUUACUACUCGAGUAGAGCUGACCAUCCCUCCCAGUCAACUAUUUAUCGUUGGAGUGGGUGCUGGAGGAGGAUUGUGUCUUCUGAUAUUAAUAAUUGCGAUCUUGUACAAGCUGGGAUUCUUCAAGAGAAAGAGACCUUUUGAAAAUCAGUGCAAUGAAGUUCAAAACGAAAAUGAGGAGAAAAAUGGACCUGAAGAGAAGGAAGCGAGCCAGUUACCAGUAAAAGAAAGUGAUGGUCAGGUUUCAAAUUGCAAUGAUCUUGAUGAUAUAACAACGAGCUAAAAAUGGAUGACCAAAAGGAUACAUUUUAAUUUUCAAAAAAAAAAUGUUGGUAAGAAAUGCUUCAGUCAGGUAGUGGCCUUACAUUGCAUUACAUGCUUCCUUAGAGAUGCUUCAAAGCAAAAUGUUCAGCUAGCGAGGAGCUAAGAUGGAUGAACAAUGAAUGCAUUUUGA